AAUGAUUCAUCUACUGAAUUUACUUUAUUAUAUAUAUAUAUAUAUAUAUAAAAUCUAUAAACAAUUUGGUAAGAGAUAAUGAACACCAUGACCACCUCUUCUUCUUCCAAACUCCCUCUCUCCCCUCCUCACCACCUUCCCCACUUCACCCCUAUUCAAGAAUGCGAGGAUGAAGAAUUCGAAGAAUGUAGCGAUUUCAAAGCACCUUCAAGUAGGUAUACGAACAAAGCUGAGGCGGAAUCGAAGCACCACCCAACUCCGCUCCACCAACCCUCCAGCCGGAGACGGCGGCAGGAAUUCUCCCACGGCAGCGACGAUGGGGUCUCCUGCUACAAGUGCCGGCCGAGCCACCGCGAGAAGAUCUCGGUGGUUCCUCUGGACAACAAUGGCGUCACAAGGCGGCACUCAAGUUCGAGCCCUAACGGCCUAUUCAAAUCCAUUCUCUGUUCUCUGACGAAGAAGAGCCCUAGGAUUCCGCCGCCGGAGGAGGAGCAGUGGAAGAGUGCUGCGGCGGAGCUUUCGCAGAAGCUCAUUCAAGCGACGAGAAAGCGAGACGAAGCUCUUUUAGAAGCUUCGAGACUCAAGUCUUCCAUGGCCGAACUCGAGGAGAAGCUAAACAAUCUCAAGAUCUACUGUCAUAAUUUGAAUUCUGGACUCGAAAUGUGCACAAACAACCAUACGAAUCGUGAAAAUUUGAUCCAACACUUCAUGGAUUCGGUCUCCGAAGCUCAGUCUCGCGUUCGACUCUUGAGUCGUUCGCUCACGAUUCAUCUGCGACAAAUGCGCACUACCAAAGUCCUCGAUCGAAUCUCAUUACUCCUCCAACCUUACGAUAUCAAUCUCUCUCUCUCCAAAAACCCAAGAGCUUUGAUUCUCUACCUCGAAGCUCUGCUCAACAAAGCUUUCUACGAAGAUUUCGAGUCUAUUGGGUUUCAGAAAAGUGCCCCUAGUCAAAUUCUGAAUCCGAUAGAACGUUGCGAAGCCAAUUUCGCAUCGUUCAAUCGGUUGCAGGGUCUGACAUGGGAUGGAGUUUUGAGCAAAGGCACUAGACAUUUCAGUGAAGAGUUCAGUAUGUUUUGUGACCGGAAGAUGAGUGAGAUUGUGGCUAUGUUGGGUUGGGACCAUGUGUGGCCUGAGCAGCUGUUGAGGGACUUUUUCGGUGCAGCCAAGGGUGUGUGGUUGGUGCACCACUUGGCUAACUCGGUUCACCCGAGCUUGACCAUCUUUAGAGUGGACAAGGGUGUGAUUUUUGAUGAGGUUUACAUGGAAGACAUGAAUGGUAGUGGCGGCGGUAAUGAUAAAGCUCCGAAAUUGGUCCCAAUCAUGGUUCAAAUAAUGGUCACACCGGGAUUUUAUCUCUAUGGCAAUGUGCUCAAGUCCAAGAUGCUUUGCAAGUAUAACAACAAUAACAAUAAUGAUGGUGGUGAAAAGGGUUUAAACUCAUCCCCCGUUUAAAAAUAUGGUAACAAUUUUAUUCUUUUAGUAGUUUUUUUUUUUUUUUUAAAUUUUGUUGAACGAGUUAUUCUAUUAGUAAUUGUUAUCUAUGAUUUGCUUAGAUGGGUAUGUUUAGCAUCGGAUUGAGGAUAUUUGCGGUCAACGUAAAGUCUAGGCCGUUCGUUGUUUUUUCAAAACUUGUGGCUUUGGGUAUGGUAGCCAAAACAAAUUAAUAAGGAUGAUCAUAUCGUGUCAUGAGAAGUGGUAGUUCUAGUUAUAAGUAUUUUAUCAAAGUAUACGACAAUUAAGAUAAAAUUCAAUAAUAAA